CAUGCAUAAAUAUUGGCAUUUGAGUUUCAUUCAUUAUAUAUCUCGCAUUUGACUUUGAUGGUUAAAACUAGGAAAUUUGUGAUUUUUUUGAGUUCUCCUACAAAAAUCACUUUCCAAGAUUCAAUUUUCUGUUGGUGCGACUAUUGUUGCUUAAUUUGACAGCUUCAAAACAAAUUCCUUUUGAUUUCUAGAUUUUUGGCAGCUUUGGUAUCAACAGACAAUCUUGUACUACUUGAAUCGGUAGUUGUCAGGUUGAUCCUUUGUAAUCUGUCUGAUCUGGUUCUCUAUUGUUUCAAACCCAUGGUCUCCUAGAUAUCUGAUGAUUACUAGUCAUAUCUGUUGUCUCCUUUCUUGGAUGCACUUAUCCUGUGAGUUUUUUUUAUUGGUUAUUUAAGAAUGUAUUGCAAUAUCUUAUGAGCAUAUUUUGUGAAUUUGCUUUUUAUGGUGUUGGAGCCAAAUGGCAUCUCUUGGUUACUAAUCAUGGGUUUAAUUGUGGCAUUCAUGUUUUCUUAGCUAGAAAAGGGGGAACGGGAAACCUAUGGAGAAAAGGAUAAUGCUGAGGAAGAAUGAUAGGUAACCUCCAUAGGUGGCAAGAACUAGAAAAUCAUGAAAUAAAAAAGAAAAGUUGGAAUGUAGAAACUCACAAUUGAAGUAGGUCAGAAAGGGCAACUCCUAUUAUGGAACACUGACGAUACUGCCUAAUAAAUGACUUCCUUUCCUUGAUCUACUACUGUAUAAGCUAAAUUACUGUUGACAAAGGUUGAAAAGUUUCUCUUCCUUAACAAUCCUACUUCCAUGUCUUUGCUUGGUUACAUAAAACUAGAGUGUAUGACUAGUUUUGAUUUUUGUGUGGAAUAUUGAAAGUUAAAGGAUGGCAUGGGCGAAAUGGGAUAACACCCACCAAAAAGCAAAACGUAAUGGAUUCUAGAACAUUUCCUAAUAUUGAACUCAAGGGUUAUCUAAAUGGGUGUGCUUCCUUGACGAAUUGCAACAAUAUAUGUGAAAUGCUUCAAAGUUGGUGGACUCAGACUUCUAUAUAUAAUGCAAGGGGAAUGAUAAGAUUAAUGCUUCCGUGUCUUGUUUGCUGGGAAGUUUGGGAAGAACGAAAUAGGAGAGUUUCUGAAGGAACGACUUUGAUGGAUUGUAUUACAGGAAAGUCACCAGGGGAGUGUAAUGCUGAUAUUGAUGCUCAGCGGGUGGAAAACUCGACUAAUCAACCCAUGCUGAGAAAUGAAACAAUUGAACAAUCUGAAAAUUGUAGUACAAAUGGGCUUUGCUCUCAUGAAAUUCUUCAUGAUGGAGGGACCGACUCCCAAGCCAAAGCAGUUCCAAACAGAAUUAUGAGAAAGGCAUCUUUCAAGCUUUCAUGGCGGUGCAAAGGUGAUAUUAGUGAUCAACACAAACAUGAUAUUGUCUCUUUUGAAAGAGGAAAUAUAACAGCUGCAGGGCGCAGCAGUAAACAGAUUUCUUUGAAGUGGGAAUCUGACCCACAGACUGUGCUGAUUAUGACCAAACCAAAUUCAACCUCUGUUCGGAUUCUAUGUGCAGAAAUGGUCAGAUGGUUGAAAGAUCAUAAAAAGUUAAACAUUUAUGUGGAACCACGAGUGAUGGGUGAACUUCUAUCAGAAUCAUCAUACUUCAACUUUGUGCAUACAUGGAAAGAUGAGAAGGAAGUUUUGAGCCUGCACACAAAAGUUGACCUUGUCGUGACUCUUGGUGGGGAUGGCACUGUUCUUUGGGCAGCAUCAAUGUUCAAAGGACCAGUUCCCCCAAUUGUACCGUUUUCUUUGGGGUCUCUUGGCUUUAUGACACCAUUCUAUAGUGAACAUUACCGAGAUUGCCUUGAUUCAGUCCUUAGGGGUCCAAUCAGUAUAACAUUACGACACCGGUUGCAAUGCUAUGUUAUUAGAGAUGCCGCUAAAAAUGAGUACGAAAUGGAGGAGCCUAUACUUGUUUUGAAUGAGGUUACAAUCGACCGUGGAAUAUCAUCAUUCCUUACAAAUUUGGAAUGCUAUUGUGACAACUCUUUUGUCACAUGUGUCCAAGGUGAUGGAUUAAUUUUAUCAACAACAUCAGGUAGCACUGCAUAUUCAUUGGCAGCUGGAGGAUCAAUGGUUCAUCCUCAGGUCCCUGGCAUUCUCUUCACUCCAAUCUGUCCACAUUCCUUAUCGUUUCGACCUCUGAUAUUACCUGAACAUGUAACAAUACGAGUUCAAGUUCCAUUCAACAGCAGAAGCCCUGCUUGGGCCUCAUUUGAUGGUAAGGACAGGAAACAGUUGGCAGCUGGUGAUGCACUUGUGUGCAGCAUGGCACCAUGGCCUGUGCCAACAGCAUGCCAAAUUGAUUCUACAAACGACUUUUUGCGAAGUAUCCACGAUGGCCUCCACUGGAAUCUUAGAAAGACCCAAUCUUUUGAUGGCCCUCGGGAUUUAUAAUGUUAUUUCUAACUUAAUAGUUCUUGUAGAGGAGGGGGUAACUUGUAGUAGUUGCAAGGGAAAAACAAUCCUUAUUGUCAAUCAGCUGCAGAUGAUGAUGAAAAUUACUAGAGGCGACGGAAGUUGUUUCCCGUAAGAUCAAAUUUGUCUCUAAAAUUUGUAUAACUCGUCAGUCAUUCAAUGAAUAGAUACAAGCAAACAACUUGGAUGUAA